AUGACAGAAACAUUUUCAUCCGUGCCGAUCGUCGACUUUGCUCGGCUAAACGAUCCUGUGACUAAAGAUGAGGAGCUUUCGAAUUUACGUCAAGCCAUCUUCGUCGUCGGGUUCCUAUAUUUGACCAACACAGGAUUAGAGAGUAUAAUUCACCAUACCCAUGAAAAGCUACCCGAACUCUUUGCCCUGUCAACAGAGGCUAAGGAGAAAUGUAACAUGAUUAACUCGCCCUCGUUCCUCGGGUAUACUCGCCUCGGUGCCGAAACCACUGCAACCAAAACAGAUCUCCGCGAGCAAUUUGACUUUGGCACCCCCGGCGUGAAACCCUGGACAGAACAGGACCCCUUUUGGCAACGGCUUGAAGGUCCUAACCAAUACCCAGAUUACCCAGGUGCUCAGGACCUGGUCGAUGAAUAUAUCGCGAAGACUGAUAGCCUGGCGCAAGCAUUCGUACGCCUUGUGGCAGAAAGCUUGUCUCUCCCACGGGAGACAUUCGAUGGCUUCAAGGGUAACAUGAGCCGACUAAAGUUUGUCAAAUACCCACAGGCUGCGCAAAACUCCCAGGGUGUUGGUCCUCACAAGGACUCGGCGGGUCUUUUUACCUUCCUGUCUCAGGACAACACAGGAGGACUACAGGUACUCAACAAGAAUGGAGAAUGGAUCGACGUGCCUCCUAUCGAGGGGAGUCUUGUUGUGAAUAUUCAACAGGGAUUCGAGGCGAUCACUGGAGGGAUUUGCGCGGCCACGACACACCGAGUUAUCGCGCCCACUUCUCAGACCCGUUACAGCAUCCCGUUCUUCCAGGGCGUGAGACUAGACUUGACUCUGGAUCAACUCAAGGAAUCCGCUGCUCACAUCGUGCAGCGCAUUCCGGCUUCCGAUGACAAGAAGAAGCGGGCAGUUGAUGUCCCGAGUGAAUUCCUUUCUCCUUUAUAUUCUUGCUUCGGUGAGGCUCAUUUGAGAAAUCGCAUCCUAAGCCAUCCGGACGUGGGCCAACGGUGGUAUUCCGAGUUGUAUGCGAAGUAUUCUCAGCAGGUCCUCAAAUAG